ACCCAAAUCCAAGUGAGUGUGGCGUCACACGGGUGCCUCGAUAUAAAUCUAACUGCGUCGCUUCUCUCGUCCACCAUUUUGAGAGCUACUGCACUGAAAUUUCAGUGAUACCAGUAAACAUGUCCGACCAGCUUUGCAAACUCUUUGUCGGCGGCCUAAAUGUAGACACCGACGACGACGGCCUCCGCAAGCACUUCGAGCAGUACGGCUCGCUAAGCGACUGCGUGGUUGUGGUAAACAAGCAGCUCCAACGCUCUCGCUGCUUCGGCUUCGUCACCUACUCGACGCCGGAGGAGGCCGACGCCGUUAUGGGCGCUAGGCCGCACACCGUCGAGGGCAACACGGUCGAGGUGAAGCGGGCUAUGUCGCGGGAAGACGCCAACAAACCCGAAGCGCUCGCCAAGGUGAAGAAAAUUUUCGUGGGCGGUCUGAAAGACGACAUCGAAGAGGACCACCUCAGCGAGUAUUUCUCCCAGUAUGGCCAAAUCGAGAAGUCUGAGGUGAUCUCCGAGAAGGAGACGGGGAAGAAGAGAGGCUUCGGCUUCGUCUAUUUCACCGACCACGACUCCGCCGACAAGGCAGUCGUGAUUAAGUUCCACACCAUUAACGGGCACAAAGUGGAGGUGAAGAAAGCCCUCACCAAGCAGGAGAUGCAGGCGGCCAACAGGGGUGGCAUGGCUCCAAGAGGAAGGUCCGGCCGAAGCAUGAGGGGCAAUCAAAAUGGCUACGGCGGCAGAGACUAUGGCGGAAGCUACAGCUAUGGAAAUGGCGGCGGAGGCUACAACUGCGGCGGGGGAUACGGCGGGGGCUAUGGUGGCGGCUACGGCGACCAGAGCGGCGGCUAUGGUGGCGGCAACGGCUACAGCGACUUCGGCAGCGGCUACGGCCAACAUUCCUCCGGCUACGGUCCCAUAAAGGGACACUUCGGCGGCCAGCGGAACCUGGCCCCCUACACCCGGGGAGGCGGUGGUGGCGGCGGCUACUCCAGGGGGGGCUACGGGGGCUACGGGGGCUACUAGACCAGACGAGAUGAGAUGCCCCCUACCCGAACACCGAGAACAUCGGCCACCAACUUUCCAGAUUACAUCUCCAGCCCCGGAUUUGGACGUCAAAAGUCAAAAGUCGGUAACGGGGGUCGACCCCUACAAACAAAACGAAGACCUCAAAGCCCCCAAACAGGUAGGAAGGUCACUUCCCAAAAAGAUCCAGAUUAAAACAAAAUAGGACACCUGAAAGAGAAAACAGUACAGAUUAUAAACAUGUUAUGUACCACUUGCCCACGCGUGUAGUUGACGUUAAAACAAUUAGACCCACUUGCGUUCACCCAUUGUUAAAAACGUUGAAUGUAGGCUUGUUUUUUUUUAUGCUUAUUUUAAUAUUUUAGAUGUAUCGUUUUGAUUUCAGUGUACAAGCGUGAGGAAAUUUUGAUCUGUUGGUUUCUUUUUUCGUAGCUGUUGUCACGAGGCCAUUUUGUGACUCCCACGUUUGCCCCAAGUUAAGAUGGCGGGAGACGCACUGCUAUUGUUCCCCCCUGCUUGUGCCCCAAAACCGACCACGCUUUUAUUUUAGCUGUCGUAUCGGCUAUUUAGGGUCAAUUUGUUAUGUUCCCCCCUCCUAUUCAGCUUGCAGAGCAAUAUCCAAAUGUAUGCUGUGUAUUUUCAAUGUUAAUGAGAAACUCAUUCAUUACUGUUUGAAGAUACUUAUUCUUCUGUAUGUUCAUUUUUAAAUAAAAGGUUACACCACA